AUGAUUGUUAAGCCUGAAGUUACAUCUUUAGAUGAGGACUUAAGACAGUUAAGAAAUUCGAAAUUCUCGUUUGAGUCUAUUGAUGAGAUAAGGAAAUGGAUAUUUGGAGUGUUACAAGAGGAAGAGACUAGCACCGCUAUGUUAACUUUAUUGGAGCUGUUGAAAGACGGUACUGUGCUGUGUCGAUUAGCAAAUGCGAUUUAUAAAGCCGAUGAGCCUUCUGCCACAUUGAUUACAUGGAAGGAAUCUAAGAUGCCAUUUGUUCAAAUGGAACAGAUAUCGCAAUUUCUGCAGUUUGCCGGAGAGUAUGGAGUGCCUGAGGAUGAGUUGUUCCAGACAGUCGAUCUGUUUGAAGAAAAGGAUUCGGCGAUUGUAUACCAAACGUUGAAAUCCCUAUCUCGUUAUGCCAAUAAGAAACACCCGUCAACAUUCCCUGUGAUUGGUCCACAGCUUGCCACUAAAAGACCGAGACCUCCAUUAAAGCAGAAACCAAAGCAUUUGCAAGAGAAGUAUGGUUGGAGCACGCAAGAGUAUGGUUACAUGAAAGGUGCUUCCCAAGCCACUGAAGGUGUCGUCUUUGGCCAGAGAAGGGAUGUCACAUAA